UUUUGGUUGGUGUACAGCAUAAGCCCCACUAAUCAUACACUGCCAUCAUUGAUACCAUUCACUCCCAAUGUGUUGACAUUUAUUUACAACACACACCUCAACGCCCAGACGGGAGAAGUUGUUGUGACUCAACUGCAAACCUCGCUCACAGGUAACAAACAAUGGGUUUCAAACAUGAUAUAUAAGAGGGAAGAAGAGUGUGACCAACUGUCCGAUUGCCGGACACCAGUGUUUGUACGACAAAUACCCGAUCACUUGAGGCACCGGUUGGAGGGUAUUGUCGACUACUAUGUGGACAGUCAGACAUCGGGUCAUAUGCUGUGGUUUAACAUCAAUGGACGGCCGAUGUAUUGUUUCACACCUUAUGGUCAAAGCCUUUCCUUACAGUGCAAUUCAUCAGCAAAUAUGACUUCGUUUGAAAAGCACUGUUUCACUGAAUCCACAGUCGGUGUCAUUCCUCCCGACGAUUCUCUGACCGUAUUAUGGAUUUUAUUUGCAGUUUUGUUUAUCAUUUUCGUACUACUCUUUGGAUCAGAUGUAGUGAUGUUAUACAAGUGGUGGAGACAAGAGUCAGCUGAUCCGCCGACAAUCUUAAUUGGGCACAACUGUCAGUUACAGACGGUGUCGAUAAUGCAAUACCCGAGCAUUACAACCAAUGAUUGCGGUAUUUCCCGUCUUAGCCCCGGGAUGGAACAAUCAUGUUUCACCUUUCACAAACAAUUUGCCAAUUUGUACGGUGGCCGAGAAGCCAUGCCCGGUGAUGUGCCCUGGUCGGUUUUUAUUAGAAAGAAGGAAAAACAAAAGGGGAAAUGGAAUAAAUGUACUCCUGGUACUAGCUGCACUGAAUUUGUGCUCGAGAUUCACCCCGGUGUAUCUCUCAAUGUAUCUGACCGGGGUGCAAUAUAUUAUGCGGAUAAGAUCAUUAAACACAGUAACUAUACCAACAAACCAGACGAAUACGAUGUAGCAUUGGUCAAACUGAACACCAGCAUUGUUUUUAAGCCAGAUCGUUUACUGAACAGCAUAUGUCUGCCAACGCGCCACCAUCUCAAUGGCAAACACGAAUUGGCACUCGUGGCCGGUUAUGGUUAUGUAGGUGAACUAGGUUAUCAAGCACCGCUCCGCGUGGGAUAUAUUCGCAUACAACCGACUAAUAUGAGCUGGGUCAGUAUGAUUGAAGCGUAUCAGUACCCGGAUGAUUCUGGUACGCGUAUUUGUCCGGGUGAUUCCGGGAGUGGAUUAUGGCAGGUGGCAAACGGCAGGGCUGUGCUCAUCGGUGUAGCUGUAUUUGGAGUGACUGAACGUCUCACAAAGUGCUUACCCCCACCCGGAAGUACCAAUGGUUACGCCAGAGUUUCCACACAUAUUGAUUGGAUUCAGAAAACCAUUUCUACCAAUUAG